GAAUGUUUUAAAUGCGGCACCGGUCUGCGUACAUCUCGAGAUCUGUCUCUGGCCCGUAUUCACGUAACCACCGCACGUGUCAUUGUAAACGGCAUUGCUUGAAUACAUUUAAAAAAAAACAAAUCGAUCCGAACCACAUUCAAACUCAUAUCGUACUCGGCGAGCGAGGUGCUUGGACGCAUCCUUCGAAACGGGGAUCAAAAAAAAAAAAAAAACAAUCUGUCAUCUUGACGUUCAAGAGUGAUUUUGGCGCCAAUUUUUUUCUGUCUGUGUUUUAAAGAAAAAAAAAUGCUACGUAAAUUGUGUUUGUUGUUAUGCAUUUUAAAAUUAGUUAACGCCGAUUUUUUCGUCAAUAAAAUUAAUCAUAUGGAGUAUUAUAGGAACAAAACGCGCCCUUCGAAGGCUUUUAACAGUUUCAGUACAAAUUAUUUUAAUCAGAACUUUUUGGGUGCUCACGCUAAGCCGGGGAAGGUUUUAUGCGGAACUAGAACCAUUGACUUCAACCCUGGAAGGACGGGGAAGAUUGUAGGAGGCACCGAGACACCUUAUGGAGCGUUUCCAUGGCAAGUCGAGAUCCAGAUGCUUGAUGUGGACAAGUUGAUCUUCGAGCACCACUGCGGAGGAGCCGUCAUAGCGGAACGUCUGGUGCUGUCCGCUGCCCACUGCUUCGAUAAACAACCACUACAAUUAGACCACAUACGACUAGUGGUAGGCGAGCACCGGCUGAAGAUCCAGGACAAACACGAGCACCAGUUCUUCGCUGAGAAGGUGGUUCCGCAUCCCGACUUUAGGAAAAACGGUCCACACAGCAACGACAUAGCGAUCAUCUUGGUGUCUAAGUCGGGUAGCGGAGUGCAGUUCAAUUCUCAUGUGAGGCCGAUCUGUCUACCCUCCAGCGAGGAGACUGCUGGCCAGUGGUGCGCUGUCAGUGGGUGGGGCUAUCAGGCAGAAGGUACAGAGACCUUCGCCCCGGUACUCAGGGCUGCUUCGGUGCCGGUUCUAGACUUGGCCACGUGUAGGCAAAGCCACGUGUUGGGUGGAAGGCAGCAACCGAUUUUGGACUCCAUGAUCUGUGCCGGUAUUCUGUCGGGGGGCGUGGAUGCUUGUCGUGGGGACUCGGGGGGUCCGCUGGCGUGUCGCUCGGGGGGCCGAGCUGACGGACAGGUGGGGAGUCAGGCUGGCUGGGCGCUUCAGGGGGUUGUGUCUUGGGGGGCUGGAUGCGCACGAAGAGCCCGUCCCGGAGUCUACACGAGGGUCGCCAGCUACAUACCUUGGAUUAGGAAAACUGCAACCAAAUUGGGACUUACUAUACCUUCGUAAUGGAAUUUUAAAAAAAGUGUCUUAACAGUUUUACUACAAAUUGAUUCAGUGUGUUUUUACGCACCUAAGUGAGGGGGUUGUUACAGGGGUUUAUUCACCCUUUGAAACCAAUUUUUGUAGCUGAGGAUGUGUUUCUAGUUUACGUGAGAGAUUUAAUAAAAAUAUUUUGUUAUUAAUUCUCUGUAGCGAAUCGAGUUAGUAUUUAUGAGUGAUAUAAUUUAAAGUAAGGCCAACCAGACGAGAUAAAAAAUGUAAACAAAGUUUCAGGAGUAAAAAACAUUUUUAUUUAAAUAAAUUAUUACAAAGUUCGAAUUUUAAUCGCUGUCAUCUGUACUAGACAAAGAUGAUUCGUCGGAAGAGUCCGAGUCAGUUGUGUUUAUGAUAAAACUAUCUAUUGUAUUAUCAAUCAUGUUGUCAAUAUGUAUCACUUCGAACGCAAUCCAAUCAGGAAUAAACUUGUUCACAAAAUGGCGGACCAAAUGUUGACAGCUGCGGUACUCAGUGCUUUCCUGUACCACGAAACACACAACGACAGCUGUUGUCGACCAACUGACGCCAUAACUGCGCGUACGAGUGAUAAGGACAGAGAUAAUAAUCCCUCGCUAUCGCAAUGUAACUCAGUAACGGUCCGCUUGUUUACGUUUAUUAUCUCGUCUGGUUGGCCUAAGUUUAGAUAAUCGUAAUAAUAAUAGCAUUUUACUGAUGGUAGGACGUUUUGUGAGCGUGCACGGGUAGGUACCACCAAUCUGCCUAUAUCUGCCGUAAAGCAGUAAUGCAUUUAGUUUCGAAGGGCGCGGCAGCCGUUGUACUGAAAAAAAUGAGACCUUAGAACUCAUAUCUCAAGGUGGGUGGCAACAUUUACGUUGUUCAUGUCUAUGGGCUCCGGUAACCACUUAACACCAGGUGGGCCGUGAGCUCGGUAACCUAUCUAAGCAAUGAAAUAAUAAUAAUAGCCGGGUAUGAGCUACAACCGGCUAUCCGGGCCCAAACUAGGAUUCCUAUGAUAGGAGUACUAUGGGAACUGGAGACUAAUAUACGUACUUAUCACAUGAUACCGAGUCAAAAAAGGUGAAAUAAAAUCCCCGUAUUAUUUCCAUUAUCAACACAGCACUGUACUAAUUGUAAUAAGUAUUGUUUUUUUAACGCCAAAGAUAUGUCAUGGUUAAUGUUAAAUUAGCAUUGUAAUUAAAUUUUAUUUUAUUGCAUAUUUUAUUCGAAACUACUUGUAAAAAUUAUAAUAAACGUUAUUAAAUAAAUAGAAAA